UGCCAUACCCAGGCUCUCCCCGUUACUGGACUUUGGCCAGAUCCUCAGCGUUGUCGUAAUCCCCUGCUGAAAGAGAUCAGUACCAGGUGGCCAGGGCAAUUUGUGGUUUGCCAUGUCACUUCUGUUUUCAGAAGUAUCCCAUUCUGUAUUCCUCUUUUGCCCUUGAUCUUGUGUAUGUGUGUAUAUAUGUACACGCACGACGUUUAUUUAUACCUUCUGUCGUCUUCUUCUUAAUUUAGGAUUUCAGAUGCAUGCCAGGUUCCCACUGAAUGCCAGAAGCAGAGAUCACUACCGAUGGAGCCCCAAAGUCAACAUGGCAGUGGUGGUUCGCUAGUGGUGAUUCAGCAGCCCUCCUUGGACAGCCGGCAGCGGUUGGACUAUGAAAGGGAGAGCCAGCCAACAACUAUCUUGUCACUGGACCAGAUCAAGGCGAUCAGGGGCAGCAAUGAAUACACCGAAGGUCCAUCUGUGGUGAAAAAAUCUGGGCCGCGGACAGCACCGAGGCAAGAGAAGCAUGAAAGGACUCACGAAAUUAUACCAAUUAAUGUGAAUAAUAAUUAUGAACACAGACCCAGUCACGUGGGGCACGUGGCACAUCAGCAUAAUGCGAGGGCUCCCGUCUUGAGCAGAUCGACCAGCACGGGGAGCGCAGCCAGCUCUGGGAGCAACAGCAGUGCUUCCUCGGAGCAAGGGCUGCUGGGGCGGUCGCCUCCAUCCAGGCUGGGCUCGGGCCACAGAUCGGAUCGGACAAUCCGGACGCAGCCCAAGCAGUCGUCUCUGAUCAUAGAUGACCUGAAGGGUCCUUUGAAAGAGGACUUGACGCAGCACAAGUUUAUCUGCGAACAGUGCGGGAAGUGCAAGUGUGGCGAGUGCACGGCCCCGAGGGCCCUCCCUUCUUGCUUGGCCUGCAACCGGCAGUGCUUGUGCUCUGCGGAGAGCAUGGUGGAGUACAGCACCUGCAUGUGUUUGGUCAAAGGGAUCUUCUACCACUGUUCUAACGACGAUGAAGGGGACUCUUACGCGGAUAAUCCCUGCUCUUGUUCCCAGUCACACUGCUGUUCUAGGUACCUGUGCAUGGGAGCCAUGUCCUUGUUCUUGCCUUGCUUGCUCUGCUACCCUCCUGCAAAAGGAUGCCUAAAACUCUGUCGAGGGUGUUACGACCGCAUCAAUCGUCCGGGUUGCCGAUGCAAGAACUCCAACACGGUCUAUUGUAAACUGGAGAGCUGCCCCUCCCGGGGUCAGGGCAAGCCCUCAUGA